UGCUAAGAUAUAUUUACCUAUAUUAAUGCUGAUUUAAUUACACAUGCAAUUUAUGUUAUUUAAAAUUUUGAUGCAAUAAUACAAAGAAAAAAGAAUGCGAACGUGUUGGAAACUGACAGCAUCAAACGUGAACAGUAAAAAAUACGCAGUGUGCAGUCACGUGUCAUUUGGGCUACGUCACUGGAUUCCCCUGUCCGCUACUGAUAACAUUGCGCAUGCGCACACUCAGACUAGUUCAGAGCAGCCCGUACAUCUCUCACGCGCUGGGAAGACGGAGCUCCAGCUGGAACAUCCAGGGUCCAGCUACUGUGACACAGUUGUGGAACUACAGACAGUGCUUCCCUCCCUGAGCAUUUUUUAGCGGGCAUCUUCACAUCUCACCUAGGGACUGAAUUACCCCCAUAACAAAGUAUGGAGGGGGCCGUGGUGAACAACCUCAUAGACUUUGACUCGCCUCCAGAAGGGACAGCUCCCUCGGUUCUCGGACCUCCCAGUGGGGUGGGAUUUUUCUCAUCCGAGCCUCUCUUCCCUGAGUCUGCGAGCGAGGCCACGAUGGAGCCCAUUCUACCAGAGCCAAUGGCCCCCACACACACUCCCCACAGAGAAGACGACAGUGAUGCCACCGAAUCUGCCGACAGCGACAACGAAGACACAGAGUCCCCGUCGCACCCAUCGAGCACGCGGCGGUCCUCGUCCUGCUCCAGUCACAGCGCUGAGGACGCAGAGGAGACCGAGAUAAGAGCGUUCAUGAAAACCUACGUGGCAAAGCUCUUCCAUGGAAGGGAGGACUUUGAUCAGGAGGAGAAGGCUCGCUUUGGAGAGCUGUGCACUGGAGAGAACGGCAAAGGCAGGGAGUGGUUUUCCAAAUAUGUCAGUGCACAGCGCUGCCACUCCAAAUGUGUGAGUGAACAGACGUUCUACAGGCUGGUGCAGUCCUUUGCUGUUGUUUUGUUUGAGUGUCACCAGGUGGAUGAUUAUGGGCCAGCCAAACACCUCAUGACCAUGUGCUUCACAUAUUACUACAUGGGUAAGUCCCAGCUGUCUCCCACAGAGCUGCUGGAGAGGCCCAGCGGGGGGAUCGACUCGUACCUGCGCAGUGGAAAGGUCUGGCUCUCUGGAAAGAAAGAUAUCGCAGAGCGACUGCUCAAAAACACUUCCACUAAGACUGAUGUCAAAGGAUUCUUUGGCGGUCUGGAGAGCAAACUGAGAGGACCCUUGGGCCGAAAGAAUGAAGACACGGACAAACCUGCUGAACAGAAAACUAAAACUCCAGUUUCUCCCCCUCUCUCCCCGGAUAGAAAAGAAGAGGAGAAAAUCUACCUGUACACACACCUAAAACAGCAGCCCAUUUGGCACACUCUGAGGUUUUGGAACGCAGCAUUUUUCGAUGCCGUCCACUGUGAGAGAAAUAAAAGAUCCCCCUCACGCAGGCGGACGGCUGAGGAAGAGAAAGAUGAAAGAGAGAAGUGGUGUCACAUGACCCAGGAAGAGAAAGAUGAUAGCUCCAGAUUUAAUGAGAACAUCACUUUCGGUCAGCUGGGAACAUUCACCCAUAACAUGGUGGCUUUCGGAUUGAGCAAGAAACUCUGCAAUGACUUCCUGAAGAAACAGGCAGUCAUCGGAAAUCUUAAUGAAGAACAAUACAAGCUGCUGUGUGAUCACAUUGAGCAGAUGGCUGCAGAGUGAACAUCCAAAGCCAUUGAAACUCUACCAUUCACAUGGGCGCAUCCACUCAAGCUCUGAUGAUCAGUAUUCUACACAGUUUCGCCUCUAUUAUCACUCCAAGGUCCUACCAGCAGACCUUACUAACCAGUACAGAAAUAACGCCAACUAAAACAGUUGGCAUAGAUCAGCCACAUCCCGUGAUCCUUCAAGUGUCCAGCUGUUGUGUGAAAAUGGUUUAUUUUUGUCCAAACUGCAACAAUGUGAAAAACAAAUAUGCACAUAUUCUGGAAUAGCAAUAUGGCUUCAGGCAUCAGAGUUUAUAUUGUAUGAUGUGAAAAUCACCAUUUAAAAUAUUCCAUAUAUUUUUCCUGCUACUUUUAUGUACAUAACUGUAGUACUAAAAGUGUCCUUUAAGCUAAUACAGUGACAAAUAACGAACAAAAAAUACAGUACAACAAUAUCAGUAUUUCACUAUAUCAAUAUCAACAAAAUCAAUAUUAUUAGUCAAUAGUAUUGCUCUCCAGAAGUCUCCACUGGUCUGUUAUUGUUAUAUGUUCCCCUUUAUUGCACUUUUCAGAUUUUGUGUUCUUCCUGUAUGGAUAAAUAGAGUGUUAAUUGUGCAGUUGACAUCCUCAAAACAUAUGGAGACUGGAACUGUCUAUUCCCCGGUUUAAGUGCCUUUAGUCAUUUACGUAAACGGUGAUCUUCCCAUUUUAGUGCGAACAAACCUGUGUCAGCAUGCUGUUGUCCUCCCAUGACUCUCUGGGGUAGCGCUCAUAAGUUUGUGCACCCUGCCAGUAGACGUGUCAGUGUUGUAUGGAUAAUGCUUGCGGUUGGUAUUCAAGUGAGUUAAAGACAUGCUGCAGCUGUUUCGAUGUCGUACAGUGUUGUGUCUUUAGCGCAUGGUGUGCAUGCAUAUUGUUUACCAUCUACUUACACUGUUGUGCAAUUACAUUUCGAGCCAGUAGAGGGCAAUGAUAACCCUCCGCUUUGACUGCAGAUCGGUGGAGGUGAAUGUCCACCACUGAGUGGGGUCUUAAAGAGCUUGGAUCGAAUAUGUCCUCCAUCUGAGGAAAAACUGAAGUUAAUGUAUCUGGUUUGUAAAUACAGAUCGUUUUGUUCACAGAAUAACGUGGAGUUGGAUUUCAGACAUGGCUGGUUUAAAUGGAUCGUUGGAUUGUUGAGCAUUUAUUUAUUCGGCGUCUGUAUGUGUUGUUUUAUGUGAGCGCAUGGUUGUAUCAUGAACGUGCUGGAUCCAGUAUGGUCUUUGCGUUUUAUAUGAUGUUGUUAAUAUUGUGCUGUCUAUGUAAAUGUAUGUUCACGGUAAGCUCAGUGGUCUGCAUUGUAUUUUCCCAAGUGCCCUGAAUUUCUUAUUGGAACGUACCUGGAAAACAACAAGAGAGGUGUUGACCUGUCUAUAAUGUGUGAAGUGUUUGUUAUUAAAAAUACAUAUACAAAAAAAAUCGAA